AUGAGGGUCUUGUCCCAGUCGGAGAUUUCUGCAGCUUUUGCAAAUGGCAUUUGGCUUCCUGGGUUAAGUAGAAGUAUGGAUGUGAGGGGAUCUACACCUGGACAGUCACAAUUAAUUGUGGGCAAUGGGAAUAGAAGUCUUUCGAAUGCUCCCCUCAUUGAGGACACUGGGUUGCCUGAUCAAAUCAUCAUCCCUGAAGUGAUAUACUGGGGGAAGGACUUCUAUGUUUUGUGGACUGUCAGUUCAAGCCUUAGUUCUUACUACAAAGGCUCAAGGAAGCUAAACUUGGAGUCAGAGUCAAUAAAGCUUAUCAAGCAAAAGAGACCAGCGAGGAUUGAGAAAAAGUUGGAUAAACUUGUUUGCAUAUAUGGGAUCUUGUUUCAAUUGCAUAUAUUGAUCCUGGCAAUUUCGAGACUGAUCUUCAAGCAGGAGCAAAGUACAAUUUAUGAGUUACUCUGGAUAAUCCUAGUAGCUUCAUGUGCUGCUCUCAUCAUUCGGUCCCUUGCAGCCAACCUAGGGGUUGUGACAGGAAAGCAUUUAGCAGAGCAUUGUAGAGCUGAAUAUCCAAGGGUUCCAAACUUCAUUUUAUGGGUGCUUGCUGAAAUUGCUAUAGUGGCAUGUGAUAUUCCUGAAGUGAUUGGAACAGCAUUUGCGCUGAACAUGCUCUUUCACAUUCCUGUAUGGUCUGGCAUUCUUCUUACAGGGCUUAGUACUUUCAUGCUUCUAGCAUUACAACAAUAUGGGGUGCGUAAACUCGAGUUCUUGAUAGCUUUUCUGGUAUUUACAAUAGCUGCUUGUUUCUUUGUGGAGCUUGGCCAUGCAAAGCCUGCUUCAUCAGAAGUUCUGAAGGGACUCUUCAUCCCUCAACUUAAAGGAAAUGGUGCAACUGGCCUUGCAAUCUCACUUCUUGGUGCCAUGGUUAUGCCGCACAAUCUCUUUCUCCAUUCUGCUUUGGUGCUUUCCAGGAAAAUACCCCGAUCAAUACAUGGAAUCAAAAUUUCAACGAUCACAUGGAUCACAGGCUCUCUGAUCAUGGCCAUCAACAUAUAUUUCUUGGCAACCAACUUCGUCAAGUUGCUCCUUCGGAGCCGUUUAUUCUUUUUUCCAUUAUGAUCUACCAGUCUACACAUGUUUGACAUAUUCUCAUUGUUUCGUUGUCAUUGCAGAUUUCAACGACCACAUGGAUCACAGGCUCUCUGAUCAUGGCCAUCAACAUAUAUUUCUUGGCAACCAGCUUCGUCAAGUUACUCCUUCGGAGUCGUUUAACACCUGUGCCCAAAACGUUCGCAGGUAUAUUUGGCUUUUCAGGUAUGUUGCUGUAUCUAGCUGGUAUCGCUUACCUGGUCAUGCGCAAAAAUAAGGAAGUCAUUCAGCAGAUGGCUCCAAAAGAGCUGGAGCUCGGACAAAGAGACAGCAGUUCAGAUGUGGGAACUGCUGGGUCGAUUUACCCGAGAGAAGACAUUGUGAGCAUGCAAUUGCCACAAGGGAGGACGUCACCAUCUGAUUUGGAUUAAUACAAUCUCCAAUUCAAUGCUGCAAGGUGUGGGCCAACUGCCUAUUGGAGCCAAUCAAAAGUGCACUCACGCACUUUUUUUUUUCCUUUCUUUUUAAUAAUAAUCUCUCUCUCUCUCUCUCUCUCGGUUGAUUGAGAAAUUUGAUGGCCCAUUGUAGGGCCACUUGAUCAUCCAAACUGUUCAAAUGGUGGCCCUCAUCAUGAAUGGGAAUCAUGGAAAAAGAA